AUGUCAGUCCAGGGAUUUCUGUUCAGCCUCCUGGUUGCCCUGCUCCUUCUCCUGGCAUCCGUUUCCGGAUCACCAGCCCGUGGAUACUACCAGUCGCCAACGCGAGGCGGUCGCAGCUACACGGACAUCGCCCGAGUGGUCAAUCCCAAUCAGUACGCCUUCCCCGGAUCCCGCACUUAUCCCGGUCAGCCCUUCUGGCCAUCGGGAUAG